UAAUCCCUCUUGCCCUUUAAUCCAUAUGUCCGUACGUACACUCUCUUUCUCAGAGUAUUUGUUGUUUCCAUUAAACUUGGAAAUACAGUUAGUGUACUUGAAGUAUAUGUUGGUGUAAAAAUGGAGUAUCAAUAUCAUUAUUGUUAUAUUCUUCCUUUAUAAAAUCUUAUUGUCACAGGUUAUUUCAAGUACUAGUAUUUUAGUUGAUUUGUAAAUCAGUAGUCAUGGACCAUUCUGAGAUUGAAGAGAAUUUGUUUGCACUUGGUGAACCUAAGUUACAUGGAGGAAUGUGUGCAACUCUUUCUUUCAUCUAUGUCAAAGUGUUGAGUAUUUUCCCUGAUUUAGAAGCCGCUCGGCCUCGAAGCACUUCGGGUAUACAGGCAUUGUGUUCGUUGCAUAUAGCGUUAGAGAAGACUAAGACCCUACUUCAACAUUGUGCAGAAUCUAGUAAACUUUACCUGGCUAUAACAGGUGAUUCUAUUGUUCUAAAGUUUGAGAAGGCAAGAUCUGCUUUGACAGACAGUCUUAGACGGGUUGAGGAUAUCGUCCCACAAGCAAUUGGUUCACAGAUUUCUGACAUUUUAGGCGAGCUCGAGGGAAUAGAGUUUUCACUUGAUCCAUUAGAAAAGCAAGUAGGCGAUGAGAUAAUUGGCUUGCUGCAAGAAGGUAGAAAUUUCAACAGCAGCUGUGACGGAAACGAAUUAGAAACUUUCCACCAGGCUGCAUCUAAACUCGGUAUUACUUCUUCAAGAGGAGCUCUUCGAGAAAGAAGGGCUCUCAAAAAACUCGUGGAAAAAGCUAGAAUUGAAGAUGACAAAAGGAAAGAAUCCAUUGUGGCUUAUCUCUUACAUCUCAUGAGAAAAUACUCAAAAUUAUUUAGAAGUGAUUUCUCAGAUGACAACGAUUCGCAAGGUGGUUCAACGCCUUGUUCACCUACGGUCCAAGGAUCUUUUGAAGGUGGGUUGACCCAUGCGUUUGACAGACAACUCUCGAAAAUGAGUUCUUUUAACUUCAAACCGAACUUUAGAAGAUCUGGGCAGAUGUCCGUCCCACCUGAGGAACUUAGGUGCCCGAUUUCAUUACAACUGAUGUAUGAUCCGGUCAUCAUUGCCUCAGGGCAGACAUAUGAAAGGAUAUGCAUUGAGAAAUGGUUUAACAAUGGGCAUAACACCUGCCCGAAGACUCAACAGACCUUGGCUCAUCUUUGUUUGACUCCUAAUUACUGUGUGAAGGGUCUGGUUGCUAGUUGGUGUGAGCAGAAUGGAGUUUUGGUUCCUGAAGGUCCGCCGGACUCCAUAGACAUCAACUACUGGAACUUACCUUUGUUGGAAAACGAGUCGGUUAAUUCAAGAUUGGCUGAAAGUGUAGGAUCCUGUAAGUUUGAGAGAGAUGUAGAUGAACUUGAGGUUGUGCCUGAGCAUGAAGUCAACACGUUUGUAAGUUAUGAGGACAUGUUGACCAUUUUGACCACGAAGGGUGAGAAGAAAAAGCUUCAAGUUGUAGAGAAGAUACGGUUUUUGUCCAAGGAUGAUGAAGAGGCUCGGAUACAUAUGGGUGAAUAUGGUUUUGUUGAAGCAUUGUUACGGUUUUUUGAGUCUACUGUGCAUGAAAAAAAUAUUGUUGCUCAGGAGAGUGCAGCCAUGGCUCUCUUCAAUCUGUCUGUCGAUAACAACAGAAACAAAGAAACGAUGUUAGCAUCCGGGGUACUGCCUUUGCUUGAGAAAAUGAUGGGAAGUUCAGGCUCCCCCAGGGCAUUGGCGGCCCUUUACUUGAAUCUUUCUUGUUUAGAACAAGCCAAGCCCAUCAUUGGUGCAAGUGAGGCAGUUCCUUUUCUGAUCCGGAUUCUCGAGGAUAGUAUGGAUUCCGAAUGUAAAUCUGAUGCUGUUCAUACUCUGUACCAUCUUUCAACCUGCCAUUCUAACAUCCCACGGCUCGUAUCGUUAGGCAUUCUGAAUGCCCUUCAGCCGCUUAUCGAUGAUCAAACAUGGACAGAGAAAGUUUUAGCCAUUUUGACCAACAUGGCUAAUUUAGCCAAAGAUGAAAUCAUAUCCACUCACGGUUUGGUUGCUGGGCUUUCAUCGGUUCUAGAUAUUGAUGAGCCUACAGUUCAGGAGCAAGCUGCAGCUUUUUUACUAAUUUUGUGCACACGAAAUGAGAAGUGCAUUCAGAUGGUCCUUCAAGAAGGCGUGAUACCUUCUUUAGUGUCAAUUUCUGCUAAUGGGACCGUGAGAGGAAAACAAAAAGCUCAGAAACUAUUAAUGCUGUUUCGGCAAAGCCGACAACAUGACCCACCUGCAGAGCACUUUGACUGUUCACAGGUUGAGAACAACGUUGUGGGUCGGGUUAAUGAAGAAGUGAAGACUUUAACCAAGCCAGCCUCAAGGAGAAAAAUGGGGAGAUCUUGGAGUUCUUUGUGGAGAAACAAGAGUUUCUUGGUUAACCAGUGUUGAACCAAUUUGGGUUUCAUUGUUAGCUAAUUUGGUGCGUCUUCUGAUCCCAACCUGAACCUGUCUAUAACUUUACCUGUUGUUUUAGCACUUAGUAUGAACUGUUGCAACCUGUAUAUUCUUAUAAGCUAUGUAAUCUCAUUUUGGUUGUUCGGAUAACCUUUUGUGGUACUUGUUAUCAUGUCCUGGGUUCUCUGCCUAAGGGACCGGAUUUGAUUAAUGCAUCAAUUGCUCUAAAGAGCGAAGUAAUUUGAGCUAUUUUUGGUUUACUAUA